AUGGAACAAUCGUCGUUGUUGUUGAAGAAGCAACUCGCAGGUAAACCAGAAAUUAUCGAUUUCCCCCCAAAAAACCCUAUUUUUUGCAGAACUUCGACGGGUACCUGUUGACGGGUUUUCCGCCGGUUUGGCCGACGAUAAUGAUAUUUAUAAGUGGGAGGUUUUGGUGAUAGGACCACCAGAUACCCUUUAGUGAGUUGUGUUUAUAUUUGAUGUUAGAAUUAAAACAUGUUUUCAGCGAGGGUGGAUUCUUCAAAGCGAUUCUCGAUUUUCCAAGAGAUUACCCUCAAAAACCACCGAAAAUGAAGUUCACUUCAGAAAUUUGGCAUCCAAAUAGUGAGUUUCUUGAGCAAAACAAAACAAUAAAGGAAAAAUAUCGAUUUUUCAGUUGAUAAAGAGGGCAAUGUUUGCAUUUCAAUUCUUCACGAUCCAGGAGAUGAUAAAUGGGGCUACGAGCGACCGGAAGAACGUUGGUUGCCAGUUCACACGGUCGAGACAAUUCUCCUCUCCGUCAUCUCAAUGCUCACCGAUCCAAACUUCGAAUCGCCGGCCAACGUCGACGCAGCAAAAAUGCAACGUGAAAAUUAUACGGAUUUCAAGAAAAAAGUGGCGCAAUGUGUUCGCAAAAGUCAAGAGGAAUAA